AAGGGCAGAAGUAGGAAGUGGAAAAGAAAGAAAAUACACGUGGGGGGAAUGUGCGUGACGUCACUGACGAGGAGCUGAGGAGAAGUAUUGGCUUCCCCCUUCCACCAUGUCAACGCUCUACCUUCCCCUGUCUUCUACCUCAGACCCACGAUGCAUCUGGGUGCGCAUCUCCGGACAGUACUCCCCCCACCCUCGGCCGGCCGUGCAGGAGGUUGAGACUGGGCCUCGCGGUCUACCCCUGCCAUGCCUGCUGUCUCCUUCCACCGGCUCAGUAUGGGGCACCUGGGCCGUGUCGUACAUGCUGGCUCCUGAGAGUCUCUCGGGGCGAGGGGAUCCCCGAGCGUUCUCCCUCAUUAAGCAAUGGGUGAACUACGCAGAAUCUGACUUGUUGCCGGCUGCCUACGGCGUGGACCAUAAGCAGACAAAAGAGCGCUCUCGCCUGGAGCUUCAGAAGAUACUGGAAGUCCUAGAAGGCCACCUCAAAGUGCGAACGUACUUAGUAGGCGAGCGCCUGAGCCUCGCGGACAUCGCGGUGUCCUGUUGUCUCAUCCAGCCAUUCGACAACGUCAUCUCUCCUUCCCUCAGACAGUCUAUUCCUAAUGUCACCCGCUGGUUCCUGACCUGUGUAAACCAGCCGCAAUUCAAGGAGAUUUUGGGACAAGCGACACCACCGAGUGAAGAACCCAAGAGUGACCGUAACUCUCCGGCGGUCACCGCAAACACUCCUGCCGUUAACGGCCCUCCCAAGACUGCUGCCCAGCUGAAGAAGGAGUCCAAGAAGAAAGAGAAGCUGGACCGGUUCCAGCAGAAGCAGGAGAAGAUGAAGGAGCAGCAGACAGAGAAGAAACCAAAAGUCGAGAAGAAAGACAAGAAGGAGCUCGGUGUGAUCGCCUAUGAUAUUCCAACCCCUCUAGGGGAGAAGAAGGACAUCUCGGGUCCUAUGCCGGAAUCGUAUAGUCCUCAGUAUGUGGAGGCUGCUUGGUAUGCGUGGUGGGAGAAGGAAGGAUUUUUCAAACCAGAGUAUGGGAGAAAAAGUAUCUCAGAACCCAACCCAAAGGGCAUGUUUAUGAUGUGUAUCCCUCCCCCAAAUGUGACGGGCUCCCUGCAUCUUGGCCAUGCCCUCACCAAUGCCAUCCAGGACAGUCUGACCCGCUGGCAUCGCAUGCAAGGUGAGCUGACCUUGUGGAACCCUGGAUGUGACCACGCAGGGAUUGCUACUCAGGUCGUGGUGGAGAAGAAGCUCUGGAGAGAACAGAAGAAGACCCGCCAUGACCUGGGCAGACAAAAGUUCAUAGAGGAGGUCUGGAAAUGGAAGGGAGAAAAAGGUGACCGGAUCUAUCACCAGCUGAGGAUUCUUGGUAGUUCAUUGGACUGGGAUCGAGCUUGUUUCACGAUGGAGCCAAAACUAUCACAAGCCGUCCAGGAAGCUUUCAUUCGUCUGCAUGAAACCGGUAUUAUCUAUCGCAGCAAGCGACUGGUCAACUGGUCGUGCACCCUCAACUCUGCCAUAUCGGACAUAGAGGUAGACAAGAAGGAACUGACGGGUCGCACAGUGCUGCCGGUGCCUGGAUACAAGGAGGGCGUGGAAUUUGGGGUGUUGGUGUCCUUUGCUUAUAAAAUACAAGAUACAGAUGAGGAGGUUGUAGUGGCCACCACUCGUGUUGAGACCAUGCUGGGGGACACGGCCGUGGCUGUCCAUCCUCAGGACGAGCGCUACAAGCACUUGAGGGGAAAGUCUGUGGUCCACCCAUUCUCAUCGCGACUCCUUCCCAUUGUCUUUGAUGAGUUUGUGGAUAUGAGUUUUGGGACCGGGGCGGUGAAGAUCACCCCGGCUCACGACCAGACCGAUUACGAGGUUGGGAUGAGACACUCGCUCGAGUUUGUGAACAUCAUGGAUGACAACGGACUCCUGAUUAAUGUCCCACAACCAUUCUUGGGAAUGAAGCGUUUUGAGGCCCGGAAAGCCGUCUUGCAAGCUUUGAAAGAUAAGGGAUUAUUCAAGGAAAUAAAGGACAAUCCCAUGGUGGUCCCAGUCUGCAGUCGAUCUAAGGACAUUGUAGAGCCGCUCCUCAAGCCUCAGUGGUACGUGCGCUGCGAUGAGAUGGGCAAGAAAGCAGCGGACGCCGUCCGUGAUGGACACCUGUCCAUCAAACCCGAGUUCCACACUAAAACCUGGUUUAAUUGGAUGGAUAAUAUCAGGGAUUGGUGCAUUUCCCGGCAGCUCUGGUGGGGUCACCGUAUCCCGGCCUACUUUGUUACUAUUAAUGACCCGUCUGUGCCACCCGGAGAGGAUACAGACGGCAAAUAUUGGAUCAGCGGGCGAUCGGAGGAGGAGGUGAGAUCCAAGGCCGCCAAAGCUUUUAACGUUGCCCCUGAAAAGGUGUCGCUGAGGCAGGAUGAAGACGUACUUGACACCUGGUUUUCCUCUGGAAUUUUCCCAUUCUCCAUCUUUGGCUGGCCCAAUGAGUCUGAGGACUUAAAGGUUUUCUACCCCGGCACUCUCCUGGAGACUGGACAUGACAUCUUGUUCUUCUGGGUGGCCCGAAUGGUGAUGCUAGGUCUUACGCUGACCGAGAAGCUGCCCUUCAAAGAGGUGUACCUCCAUGCUAUAGUGCGUGAUGCUCAUGGCCGCAAGAUGAGUAAAUCCUUGGGCAAUGUCAUUGACCCCCUGGACGUGAUCAAAGGUAUUACCCUGGAGGGUCUUCACACCCAACUUCUUGACAGUAACCUGGAUCCUGCUGAGAUGGAACGAGCCAAGGAAGGACAGAAAGCGGAUUAUCCUAGUGGGAUCCCCGAGUGUGGAACAGAUGCCCUGAGAUUUGCUUUGUGCGCGUAUACCAGUCAGGGCCGAGAUAUUAACCUCGAUGUCAACAGGAUCCUCGGUUAUCGUCAUUUCUGCAACAAACUCUGGAAUGCAACCAAGUUCGCCAUGCGGGGCCUGGGAGAUAACUAUGUCCCUCCUCCAUCUUCACUGCCCUCUGGACAGGAGAGUCUGGUGGAUCUCUGGAUUCUGAGUCGUCUCAGUUUAGCGGUGGAUCUUUGCGACACUGGCUUCCAGAAUUACGACUUCCCAGGGAUCACCACAGCCGUGUACAACUUCUGGUUGUAUGACCUGUGCGACGUCUACCUGGAAUGUUUGAAGCCUGUGUUCUCCAGCACAGAUGAAAUCGCCAUUGCCGUAGCCAGGAACAUGCUCUACACGUGCCUGGACGCUGGCCUCCGACUCCUCUCACCCUUCAUGCCGUUCCUCACAGAGGAGCUUUAUCAGCGACUCCCCCGACGGUCCUCUGAGACGUUCCCCAGUAUAGCCGUCACUCCUUAUCCUGAUGCUACAGAGUUCCGUUGGCGAGACGAGGAAAUAGAGAAGAAUAUGGAUCUGGCUUUACUGAUCGUGAAAUCCAUCCGGUCUCUGCGGGCCGAUUAUAAUCUCACCAAGACCAAGGCUGACUGUUACGUGAAAUGUCAGGACGCCGACACGAAAGCUGUGGUUGUUGCCCACACCUCGUAUAUCACCGUCCUCUCUUCCUCCCGCUCCCUGGCAAUCCUUGAGCCUCGGGAUCCAGCCCCAGCUGGGAGCGCCGUCAACACGGCUUCUGAUAAGGCUACGGUUUUCAUGAUGCUGAAGGGGCUCAUCGACGUGGACAGAGAGCUGGGCAAGCUGCUGUUAAAGAAGACCGAGCUGAGCCGACAGCUGGCAAAGUUACGUGAGCGGAUGGGGGGAGCGGACUACCGCACCAAGGUUCCCCCCACCGUGCAGCAGCAGGACUCUGAAAAGAUGAAGCAGUUUGAAACAGAAUACCAGAAGGUGGAGGAAGCCAUGAGCAGUUUCCAGGGCAUGGUCCAGUAGUAAAUUAUUUUCGGCUUUUGCAGGACUCGCCUGCGGCCCGGAUGCUGCUCCAGAACUUUAUCUUUUUUAGAGAAGAGGACAAUGUUGUUCUAGAAUUGUCUUGCAGGGUGUAUUGUAUGUAAUAAAUCCUGUAGAACCAA